ACUCCGUGAAUUCGGCAAAAUCACGAAACCAACGCGCCGCGCGCCAGGCUCUCGCGUGGCACUUUAGAUCCGGCGGGUAGAUCCGAUGUCCGCCCCGUCUGCAGACGUCGGGCCGAGACUCAACCUUCUUACUACAUGAUAUUUGCCGCUGGAGGGCGGGCAGAAGAUGCAAACCCGAUGCAAUGUUGACUGUCAGCCUAUUAGCCGUGUGUAUAUCGCCGCCAGAUCGUAAGUGCUGACGGUCCGCCGCUACGAUCCAGCAAGGACGACGUCACGACAACGAAACGAUAGUUCGACAUCCUUCGUGCGGCUGAGCCCUAGUCGAUCGACUCCUCCAAUGAGGCCGCCCUCGGGAUAAAGAUAAAGGCGCAUCCCGCCCGACUCGACGAGCACUCCCACCCUUUCCACCUCAACAACCAUGCCAUCCCCCGACGUGGCCAUCAUCGGCGGCGGCCUCUGCGGCCUCGCGCUAGCAAUCGCCCUGGAAAAACGACAGAUCCCCUACAAAGUGUACGAAGCCCGCUCCUCCUUCCGAGAAAUCGGGUCCGGGAUCAAUCUAGGCCCCAACACCUUCCACGCCUUCAACGCCAUCGAUGCAGGCCUGUACAAGGACAUCUCCGCUCUGGCAACGCGCAACGAACCCCCGAACGAGGAGACGUGGAUGACGCUUCGACUGGGCAGGCCAACGGACAAUUUCGAGGAUGGGCAUUUAGUUACGGCGCUGCAGGCGCCUCCGACGGGGAACAUGACUGUGGGACGGAACGAGUUGCUUCAGAUGCUGGCGGGAUCGAUUGAUCCGGCGAGAGCGAGAUUCAAUAAGAAACUCGUCGGCCUAACGCAAUCCACCGACGGAGUCACGCUGCGCUUCGAAGACGGCACGGAAGAUGAAGCAGCACUGGUCAUCGGCUGCGACGGCGCACACUCCUCCGUUCGCGGACUCGUACUAGGAAAGGAACACCCCGCCACUCGAGCACAGUUCAGCCGCAUGGCGGGCUACCGCGCCGUCUUCCCCAUGGACUUCCACGAGCAAGUCGUUGGCCGCGAUAAUGCACACAUGAGCCAUGUCUGGUGCGGCCCCGAUGGCUACGUGAUCCACUACCCCAUCAACGGCGGCACGGCCGUCAACAUCGGCCUGUGGAUCAAGAAGGAAAGCUGGAACUCCGAGCGAUGGGUGGUCGAGCACCAGAAGGAGCAAAUGCUGCACGACUUUCGCUCGUGGGGUCCGCAGGUGCAGCGCAUCAUGUCGCACAUGGAGCCCGACACGACACAUCUGUGGGGCAAUUUUCACCAUGCUGUGAAUCCGGAGCACUACUUUCAAGGCCGCGCUGCCUUCAUCGGCGACGCGGCACACUCCAUGCCUCCACACCAGGGCCAAGGGGCGGCGCAAUCAAUGGAAGAUGCAUGUGUAAUGGCCGCUGUGCUGCGCCAAAUCUACUCCCGAAGCAAAGGAAGCUCUCCACCGCAGCAAGAAAUCGAAGCUGCGUUCCGGGGUUUCGAGACGGUGCGAAAAGCGCGGUUCGAAGAGGUGACGCGCACCAGUGUUGAAGCGCUGGAUUUCUGGGCCGAUGUUUCUCGGCCGGAUUUGACCGAAGCGGAUGUGAACACGUUUGAGAGGGAUGCGAAUCAGCGGUUUGUGUGGUUGUGGAAUGAAGAUAUUGAGGGGCAGCAGGCGAAGGCUGUGGCGGAGAUGGAGAAGCUGUUGGGCGAUGAGACGACGAAGGCGAGGGUCAAUGGUGCGGCGGUGUGAUUGCGGACACGGUCGACAUGUCGACACCAAUACCUCUACUUACGCUGGCAGCGGCCUGUGCUGGACCCAGGCUAUGGACUCCGAGUUGGGGGAAGGCAGGCGGCGAAAGCUUCGUGCAAUGACAGAGGCUGGCUGGCGGUUCAUAGGGAUGAGCACUGAAUGACAGCACUUUUCCAGGAUGGAACUCGGA